AUGCCUCGGCAAGCGCGCAUCCACUUCGUGUCUCUCCAUUCGUCUCUGGUCAACUUGCCCAUCUCUCUGUACGGUCCGCUACUGGAACGUGGAAUACGACCUCAAAGCCUCGCCGUCCACUUGACGCACACUACAGCCACAAAGCAGGCUGCUUCGGGAAAUGGUACCAAGAGAGUUGAAGCGUAUGUUGGCUGGACUGGAAUGGCCUCUGCGUCCUCCCUCGCACGCUUCAGCUCGGGAGACGCGGGUGACAAGGGGUUAGAGACCAUCGAAAUUGAUCCCCAGUUUGCGGAGGGACUCGGGUUUUCCCUGGGAGACAUUGUGGAGAUUGGGUUACUUCAUGAUCUGGGCUUUGCGCAAUCUGUCGCCACGGAACCUUUAACGUCUGACGACUGGGAAAUCAUCGAAAUACAUGCGUCUCAUGUAGAGUCUACCCUCCUGUCUCAGGUGCGGGUAGCAGUCAUUGGACAAGAGAUAGACGUAUGGGUCAUGGGGCGCACGAGAGUCCGCCUCAGGGUCAAUUCUCUCGAUCCUUCGACGAGCGGGAGAGCGUUGCUCCUUAAUAACAGCACCGAAGUAAGUAUUGCCCCAAAGCUGCAUGCUAAGGAGCGUACUUCUGCAUCCCGAAACGCCCGUUCGAAACCCAAUAGCAAUCAUAACCGCGAAAAAGCGACUAAAACCAAUGAUCGCACGGAUAGUAUUCGCACCGGACACUCAGAGAAGGCAGAAUCUGCAGCGAAGACCGACGCUCUGAAGAAGCCGACAUUGCCUCUCCGCGUUCUUCCAACACAGUUCUUUACCUUACCCACCAGCUCGGCAUAUCUGUCUGAUUCCGAGUCUGAACUCGCCAUAGCUUAUGUCUCUCACGCAACGUUAGCGUCACUGUACGAUACAUGCCCGAGCGCGCUAAGUAGCUGGCAUGCAUCUGUGCGAAGGAUCAAGCCACCUGUGGACCCCACAGAAGUACACACAUCUGAUGGUCCAGACUCUGUACCGGUACCUCGGGUCUUGGUGCCUAGUGGCGAAACAUCCAAGACCAUGGUUCCGCUCACACACAAGUCGCUGGACGACGAAGUGAUCCUGGUUUGGUCUGCUGACGUUCCUGUUCCUGGAGGCCAUAUCGUUUUUAGUACCCCAGUAGAUAGCGUGCAGGAUUGGAAUCUCGUUCGCGUUCUUUGCACGAAGGAACAUGAAGUUCUGCCAAGUUCAAAAGACAAUGGCAGUUCAGAAAUUCUCGAGCCCCGAUCAAACGCACAGUCGAAAAACCACUUAGCGGGCAUAGAUGAUCUUCUCAGAAAGUGUACCCAGUUCUGCCUGACGAACUUUGCGUUGCAUGCGUUCAGCAGAAGAGUCCGAGGAGCUCCCGGUCUACUAGUGACAGGCAGAUCUGGAGCAGGGAAGACAUCCUUUCUCAACGUCAUCGCGAAGUCAAUGCAAGGAGAUUCCCGGACGUAUGCAUACAUUAUUUACGUGGACGCUGCGAAGUAUACUGAAACGCCUGUGGCGAAAGUUCGCUCGCUUCUAAACUUUUGGAUGGUCAAGGCGACAUGGCAUCGACCAUCCGUCCUUGUUUUCGACAACAUCGAUAAGCUAAUGGGUGCGGAGUUAGAGCAUGCAGAUUCGUUCCGAAGUCGACACAUCACGGAGCUAUUUCUCGCCAUCUACGGACCAUCUGCGCGAUCUGCUGCCCCCAAUGCUAACGGAGUCGUGCUGCUUUCUGCUGCCGAGUCGCAGGCCUCCCUACAUCCCCUGCUUAAUUCAUCGCACAUAUUCCGCGAAAUCGUUACUCUCAAGCCACCAGGAAAGGAUGCGAGGAGAGACAUCCUUAAAGAACUGGUCAUUGACCGAAUGAACUCUUCAAAUCUGACAGAAGAUCCUUCGUCGUCGUUGAACUACACGGCGCUAGCUACUCAGACCGAAGGAUAUUCAGUGACAGACUUGAAGGAUCUGGUGUCGCGGGCCAUCCACCGUGCAGCCAUCAGAGCUACAGCGGAAGAUAGCAAUGAGGACGAUAAUUCGGCAAUUUUGACUACGGAAGACUUCAGAUCUGCACAGGUUGAUUUUGUUCCCCUUUCCCUGCGCGAUGUGAAACUGCAAAAGUCUGAUGUAGAAUGGGCUGAUAUUGGAGGUUUGCGUGAAACAAAACGCGUCCUGCGAGAGACGCUGGAGUGGCCAACGAAGUAUGGGCCCAUCUUCGUCCAGUCUCCUUUACGUUUGCGAUCUGGGCUGCUCUUAUACGGCUAUCCUGGGUGUGGGAAGACAUUGCUCGCGUCUGCCGUUGCGAAGGAAUGCGGGUUGAACUUUAUCAGCAUCAAAGGUCCGGAGCUCUUGAAUAAGUACAUUGGCGCGAGUGAGAAAUCGGUCCGUGAUCUGUUCGAGCGGGCCAGCGCUGCGAAGCCUUGCGUGCUCUUCUUUGAUGAAUUCGACUCCAUAGCGCCCAAGAGAGGCCACGAUAGUACCGGCGUCACUGAUCGCGUUGUGAACCAGAUGCUAACUCAGAUGGACGGAGCAGAAGGUCUGGAUGGUGUAUAUGUACUUGCCGCAACUAGCCGUCCAGACUUGAUAGACUCUGCUCUUCUUCGACCGGGUCGUUUAGACAAAUCGCUGCUCUGCGACAUGCCUGACGAGCAGGAUCGCAAGGAGAUUUUAGCGGCUUUGAGUCGUAAAAUUACCUUCGCGUCGUCGGUCGAUCUCGACCAGAUAGCUCAGGACACUGAAGGCUUCUCGGGGGCAGAUUUACAAGCCCUUGUGUAUAAUGCACAUCUAGAAGUCAUCCACGACACUAUCUCGUCGCAUGCGACAAAAAAAGGGCAGCCUCAUCUGAAUGGUACAAACGAGUCACCCGUCGACCGUGAACCAGAGGACUUGAGGUACACAGUCCUCGGUGGGGAUAAUACAACCAGAAAAGUGCUAUCAAGAGCCGACGAGGCGGCCCUCCAGCGGAGGUUGCAAAGAAUACUAUCCAAACCAACGGCCUCUAAAUCGGGAUCUGGACGCAAUCAGGGAGUCGACCCUCCGCCUAAACACGAGGUUAGUCAAGAGCAUCUUCAUCGAGUGCUGGGUACUACACGGCCAUCUGUUCCACAAGAGGAACGACUGCGACUUAGACAUAUGUGUGUCGCUGUCUUUCGCUCUCAGAAGACACCACUGACUAUCUCACGUCCAGAUACCGAGCUUUCGUAUCAGAUAGGAGCGGAGAACUUCCUGUCCCCCCGGAAGGAAGUGAUGUAG